UCCCAAAACUCCUCUCUCCUGAUAUAAACAUCUCAACUCAAUACAUGACGGAUCUAAUAAAUUAAAAGAUAAUCGUCCUCUGGACACGAUGUCUUCUUCCUCUGUAUCGAAACGUUUUUUUUCAGUCUCUAUCUUGGCAGUGGUGACCUUGCAACUCCCUUUUAUACAGAGUGUUUUGUCCCUAAACCAGACCAAUGCAUAUCUACAACACGUAUGCAUCAAAAGUGACGGGACAUACAAGUCGGAGAGUUCAUACGAGAGCAGUGUCAAAGUUAUCCUCGAUUUUAUUGGUGCCGAUCUAGACUACGGUUUCGGCAGCGGAAGCGUUGGUAGUAAUGGUAGUGCCAUCUACGCCAAGUUCCAGUGUCGGGGAGACACCUCUGAAUCCAAGUGCCGCUCUUGCCUUACCACCGCCUUCUCUGGGAUUCGUAGACUGUGUCAUAACAACAAAAGGAGAAUAAUAUGGUACGACAACUGUAUACUUGACCUUUCUUCGAUCUAUACCUACGGGGAGAUCGAUAACAAGCACAUUUUCUAUUUGUACAACGCAAAAGAUGUGAACGGCGAUACAAAGUCAUUCAACAAGAACACGAGGGCUCUCCUCUAUAAGCUGAAGGAGAAAGCAAGUAGGAAAGAACAAAAGCCCUACAGAAAAGACUACAUGUAUGCCGCCGGGGAGGAAAGUCUCGGGAAGAUGAAAUUGUACGCAAUGGUGCAAUGUACGCAAGAUUUAUCGGUUAAAAAUUGCAGUGUGUGUUUGGAUGGGAUAAUGGCAAAGCUCCCAAGAUGCUGCAACGGUAAACAAGGAGGAAGAGUUUUGAAUCCCAACUGUAAUUUUAGGUACGAGCUUACCCUUUUGUACAAACUCAAAAGACUAUCUAAUGAAAGCUCCAAAAAAAAGGACAUUCCUUUAGAAAACUGAUUGAAAACUGAAGCUAAUUGGG